AUGGGUGAAUUAGCGAUUGCAUUCAUGCCAAACAUGCUCAUCACAUUUAUCAACCUUCUUUAUUUCAUCGAUUAUAGUGAAGGUGGUGGGGUGAACAUUGUAGCGUGCUCAACCGGAGGUGCAACCCCUCGUCCUACAAUUCCACCUGAAUAUUGCCAAGACUCAGAUCCCGCAUGUCCUAUUUUGUUUCCAUUGACAGCGGCUGAGAUAGAGCAAAACCUCAAUGUGUUAGUGUUCUCACAAAUUUUCUGUUUUUAA